UUCUCUGUACGACAUAAAUAAAAUAAAUGAUAGAAAUAAUAAUUAUAUUUAUUAUAUAUUGAACAGUUUGUAUUGCCUUUGAAUUGAGUGUAUCGUAAACGAAAUAUAAAUCAAAUGUACUGUCUGUGCGCUAGUGAUGAGCAUCUUUUUUGUAUAAAUAUGGCCGACGCCCACGCCCAUUAAAUAUUUUAAUUUUUAAUAAUUAGAGUUCUGCUUGCAGACCAUCUUAAAUACGGAAAAUAUUCCAGCGUAGACGGAAAAUCAAAAGCGUAAUGUCACAAGUAAUUCCAAACACGCCCACACCUCAAAUGCUGACGACAUCAACGUUAACGCCAAUAGAAGCAACGAAACGACCACUCUCCUUUCCAACAUUAACCGAGGGUAUUCACUCGCACUCACACUCGCACGCAAACGAAGAUGUCAUACUUAGAGCCUCAACAAUAUUUGGUGAACUGAAGCAUGAUUCGCCAAUGGAUCUCGAAAAUGUACAUAACACAGUAGAGACUGAUAACAAUUUAACAUCAAGUAGAGACCCUUUAGAAUUUAUCGGCGAUGCAAAGAUUCGAAUAAUGCCAACAACAAAGCUGCUGGCUGCUCCGCAUGCAACGGAUCCCAAGCGUAAAUUCGUAUGUCCCUACGAUAACUGUACGAAAAGCUAUGGAAAAAGUUCCCACCUACGUUCGCAUCUCACGUGGCACACGGGCAUCAAACCAUUUGUCUGCAGCGAACCGAAAUGUGGAAAGGGAUUCACUCGAUCCGAUGAACUCAAUCGUCAUUUACGCACUCACACGGGUGAAAAGCCCUUCGAGUGUAUACAGUGCAGUAAAAAGUUCUCGAGGAGCGAUCAUCUUACAAAGCACUUGGCCACACACGAUAGACAACUGAAGAGCAGUAAUCCGAAACGUUCCUUGCCCAAUACGAAUAGUGCAAGGCUCAAGUCAACGAAAAAGAUUGCAUCGGAAGCAGAAUCGGGAUAUCAUUUUAUGGCCGUGAUAAGUGGAAACGAUCCAAAUUCGAAUGUGAAUGUAAAUGCAAAUACAAAUGCGAACCAGAACCAGAAUCAGUUGCAGUCGCAGUCGGCAGAAAUAGGUGCGUUUAAUCACACGCCACUGCGAAUUAAAAUCGAACGGCCGGAACAUAGUGACAAAUAUCAGAUUACAGCGCCUAUACCUGAUAACCAGCUGACAUCUAGUUUUAGUGGAAAUCCCGAGGUUAAAUAUGAGCCGGCUGAUGAAAUUGUACGCACGCUGAAUCAACUGCCGUCUCAGGACGGUCCCGGCACUUAUGGCAUGCCACAAUUUGUACAAGAUCGCCCCUUCCGAUGCCGUCAGUGCGAGAAGCGAUUCAAGCGCCAAGAUGAUCUUAACCGACACAUUCGAACGCACACGGGCGAGAAACCAUACGCAUGUGUGGAAUGCUGUCGACGCUUCGUACGCAGCGAUCACUUGAAGAAACAUCAGCAAACGCAUUUAAAAACUCGGUAGUUUCGUAUUAUUAGUUAUCGAUUAAGUUUCAAAAGCCAGUGGCAUGCGAAUAACUGUUAGUUAAAAUCAGGCAUGUGUUUUGUUUCUCACCAAACAAACACACUACAAUAAAAUGAAUUCACAAAUAACUAUAA